CGUUCUUUUAGAUUUACUUCUUCCAUUCCUGACAUUAGCACUUAGCAUAAGUCGUUCUUCCGGUUUUAAAUACGCUAUUAUUUUAUAGUUUCGUAUAUAGCUAUUAUUUAAUACAUACAUAUUGGCUUCAAGUAAUCAUGAGCCGCAUACCUGAUACAAGAACAAGGGACACUCAGACCAAGCAGAUCCAGGAGAACAUCACCAAUGUAGAGAAGCACUUUGGAGAUUUGUGCCAACACUUUGCUGCUUAUGUCCGUAAAACAGCACGACUGCGGGACAAAGCCGACCUGCUGGUCAAAGAAGUCAGUCUUUAUGCCGACACAGAGACACCCAACCUAAAAAGUGGACUGAAGAAUUUCGCAGACCAGUUGGCCAAGAUUCAGGACUAUCGCCAAGCAGAAGUGGAGAGGCUAGAGGUCAAGGUUAUAGAACCUUUGAAAGCAUAUGGGAAUAUUGUCAAAACAAAAAGGGAGGACCUGAAGUUAACACAGAGUGCAAGGAACAGGGAGGCCAAGCAGAUGCAGCAGUUAGAAAGGACGAGACAGAGAAACCCCUCUGACAGACAGAUUAUUUCACAGGCUGAGAGUGAACUCCAAAGAGCCACAAUGGAUGCCACACGCACGACUCGCCAGUUAGAGGAGACAAUAGAUGACUUUGAAAAGCAGAAAAUUCGUGACAUCAAGAAAAUCUUUGGUGAAUUUGUGACAGUGGAAAUGGCGUUCCAUACCAAGGCUUUGGAAAUUUACACAACAGCUUACCAGCACAUUCAGAAUGUUGAUGAGGAGGGAGACCUUGAAGUUUUCAGGAAUUCCCUGCACCCCACUGAUUACCAGUCACGGUUAGAAAUAGUUCGUGCCAAUUCUAAACUUUCCCUGAAUCGAACUGGUACAUCAAUGAGUAAUUCAGGAAUGUUGCAGUCAAGAAUGUCUAGCAGACAGAGGAAAAGGGAUGAGGAAGAAGAUGAGGAGGAGGAGGAGGAUGAAGAAGAUGAUGAUGAUUUGGAGGAAGUGACAGAUGAUGAGCAUUAAGAUGCAUUUUCAUUGCCAGUCCAUCAAAUAUGUCUGAUCCACAGUAUUUUUAAACAGUGACAUUUCUGAACUAUUCAGUAUUUUAAAUAAAUGGAAGACAUAUUAAAACUAUUUCCACCAGCAGUAUCAUCUACAAUGAAAUUAUUUAUACCAGAGAACCUCUUUAAAGAACUUACAGGUAUUAUUUGAAAUGUUGUUUUAAAAAGUUUUGCAUAUGCCACACAUAUUUUGUGUACAAGGUGCUAAGUAUUGUCAGUGAUCAAUAUGGUAAUUUAGUUGAAACAUGCUUUGUAAUGUCUUUGUAAAGCCGGCUCUUGCAUAAUGAGCGAUUUCAAUUAUCUAAAAUCCAUUGUCUGCAUUUGAACAGUGUGUGUGGAUCCGUUCAUCUGUUUCAAAAGACAAAAUGGGUAUGUUGUAUGCAAAAACAAUAAUGAGUCCCUGGAACUUGACCCACCCAUUGCUCUGCAUCUUUGUAUCUCAUAGCUUUUUAUGUCAGUCAUGAAUGAGUCAGAAACAGUAACCAGUAAUGCUAGUAUAAUUAUGACGAGCUCUGACAGGAGCAGAGUUGUAAAAGAAAAAAAAAAUAACAUUUUAAAUUGUAAAAAAAAAAAAAAAAAAAAGAUUGAAAUCUGACACAUCAUUGUGAAAAAUCUGACAGCAUGUAGUUGGUGUAAUGAUGUGAAAUAAAAUGCACAGUUUAUCUGUGAAAAAAGGUUUCUAGCAUCAUGAGUUGUCUGCACUGCGUAUAUGAUUGGAAAAUUGUGUCUGAGAGUUUUCCAUCACUUUUCAGAGUAAGCAAAGAUCAGUUGAAAUACAUGCAGUGCAGAUGUUCUGGCUAGACAUUUAAAAAAAAAAAAAAUUUUUUUAUUAUUUAUUUUAGUUUAUAUGCUCAAAUAUGGAGUGCCAUGUUGUGGUUAUCUAAAUGUCCUAAAUGCAAUCAUUGAGAAUGCAGGCCUAAAUUGAGUGCAUUAAACACUAUAAAAUAUUGCAUCAAACUUUAAGAAAGAAGGCUAAGUAAUUCAGUAUACAGUUUAUACAAGUUUGUUUAAAGGUGCACUCAGUAA